AUGACCAUCAAAGCUAUUGCGAGCAUGGACAUGGACAAGGCGCCAAAUCUGGGCGCUGGGGUGGGGGCUUCAAACCUGGGCGUUAUUGUGGAUCGAGAAAAAGAGGCGAGGGUGCUGUCCAACGUGCCGAAUGGGGGCCGAGCAGACCCGGUAGUUGGCGGGCGAGCAACCCUUAUAGGUGCUAGCGGGCAAGCAGCUGCUGAUCAGAUUUGGCAUGAAGAGGGUGCUGUGGGCGUGGAUCUGGGCUCGAUUCGGGGCGAGGAGGUGGAUUUGGGCACCAUUGCUAGACAAUCGGUGCAAACUGCUGGCUUGGUUUUACGCGAUACGUUGGGUGGGUGCCCAUGUAGGUGA